CGAGCCCGAGCAAGAGGAGGAGGAGGAAGAGGAAGAAGAGGAGGAAGGUGGUCGUCGCUGCUCCUCCGCCGGCCCGGCAUGAGCGCGGCUUUCCAGCCCUCGCUGAUGAUGAUGCAGCGCCCGCUGGGAAGCAGCACGGCCUUCAGCAUCGAUUCGCUCAUCGGCAGCCCCCCGCCGCCCGCCCCCGGCCACUUCGUCUACACCGGCUACCCCAUGUUCAUGCCGUACCGGCCCGUCGUGCUGCCCCCCCCGCCGCCCGCCCUGCCGCAGGCCGCCCUGCAGCCUCCGUUGCCCCCCGCGCCGCCCCCGCCGCUGCCCGCGUUGCCCGGAGCCUUCUGCCCUGGGCUGGCGCAGGGCAUGGCCCUCACCUCCACGCUGAUGGCCGCGCUGCCCGGCUCCUUCCCCGCCUCCCCGCCGCGCCCCGAGGCCGCCAGGAAGUUCGCCCCCCCGGGGAACUUCGACAAGGCCGAGGGAUUGCCCCCCCCGGACGGUGGCGGCGGCGGCGGAGACGACGGCAAAACCGGGGGGGGGCUGCUGCCCUUCCCCGCUGCCGACGCCGUGCACGCAUCGCUGGCCGGGGCCCUCCGCGGCGGCCCCAAAGACGAUCCCAAAUCGGAGGAGGAGGCGAAGGGCCGCGAGGAGAACUUCUCCAUGGACAGCGACCUCGACUACAGCUCCGACGAGAACGGCCCCGCGCCGGCGGCCCCGCGGGAGGAGGACUGUGGUACCGCGUUGGAGGAAAACCCCCCCAGCGCCGCCAACGCCGCCGCCAACGCCGCAGCCACGGGGAAGAACCGACGGCGACGGACGGCGUUCACCAGCGAGCAGCUGUUGGAGCUGGAGAAGGAGUUCCACUGCAAGAAGUACCUCUCGCUGACGGAGCGCUCGCAGAUCGCUCACGCCUUGAAGCUGAGCGAGGUGCAGGUGAAGAUCUGGUUCCAGAACCGGCGAGCUAAAUGGAAGCGGGUGAAAGCGGGCAACGCCAGCUCCAAGGCGGGGGAACCUUCGCGGAACCCCAAAAUCGUGGUGCCCAUCCCGGUGCACGUCAGCCGCUUCGCCAUCAGGAGUCAGCACCAGCAGCUGGAGCAGGCGCGGCCCUGAGCGCCGCUGGGGGGGCAAAAAGUUGACAAACGGGGUUUUCGCCGGACCCGCAAUGAAAAGCGAAACGAACGACGGAAACCAACCUCUCCUCCCCCCCCCCCUUCCCGUCCCCCCCCCCGUAAAAAAAAAACACCAACCAACAAAACAACUCAAACAAACAACUCCCUGCCUCCCCCCUUAAAAUAAAUCUAGAAGCGACGCGACCCCACCGGCGACCCGCGAGUGAUCCGGCGGCAACGAGCGGCAGAACUGAAGGCGGAACGCCGUACGGAGCGGGGACCGGGACCGCACCGCCCCGGGGUAACGGCGCUGGGGGAGCCGUCGGUUCGGGGCCGCCCCUCUCAAAGCCGUUUUGAGAGGGGAAAGAGAGAAAGAGAGAGAGAGAGGGGAGGGGGGGGAGGAGAACGGACGGACGGACAGACGGACACCGAGGAAAGCACGAAUUCAGCGUUGUGGUUUAAUUUAUUUCGAUGUAGCCCGUUUCCUU